GACUCCUCGUCGGCGCCGUCGCGACUCCACCUUUGGGCCGCUGUCGCGGUUCGUCGGUCGCCGUCGCGUCUCCUCGUCGGGUGUCGUCGCGCCUCCACUUUUGGCCGCCGUCGCGGUCUUGCCUCUUCACUCAGCCGUCGUCGCGGCCUUCCACGUCUGCCACCGGCCUCUACUCCGCGAUCUCUGGUGGCGCGCGUCUCCACCGGCGGCCAGAUUUUUUUUUCUUUCCUCCCCGCUCGGACCGUCCCGCCCCGGCUGUCUCUGCUCCGCCCGGUUGUCUUCUCUCACCGGCGUCCGGACAAGGGCGGCGCCAAACGCCACCACAAGGUUCAGCGCGUCAACACGCAGGCUCUGCUCCGCCUGGAUCUCGCGCCCCGGCCUCUGCUCAGCGAUCUCACGCUCAGGCCCGCAAGCUCUGCUCUGUCACAUCGUCCAGACGAGGCUUUCUUCAUCCUCGGUCAAGAUCCAGCCCUCUGCUCCGCCGAUGGCUCCUGUCUGCAUCAAGCUGGUCCUCUGAUUUUUUAUGGGUCUCAAGACAGAUUUUGAGGCUAUUCGUACCAGAUUGCUUCAUAGAUCUGCAAGUCUGACCAUGACAGAGGCUUUAUCUGAUUUGCUUGCUGAGGAGACUCGCCUCUCAUCUAUGUUUGUACCUCAUACUCAUGUGUCCUAUAAAGUGUUAGCAACUUCUCACAAGUAUGGUGGAAAAGGUGGCUACUUUGAGCCUUGCAAGCAUUGCAACAAGACUACACAUCGGUCUGAUCAAUGUUUUCUUAAGUAUCCAGAGAAGUUAGCGGAGUUUCGUUCUCACCGUACUAAUCAAGGGCAUGGGCCAUCCAAGGGUUCAGUGUGAGUUGCUGCUAUCUCUGGCAGUGCUUCUCCGUCCACAUGGGUUGGGUUGUUGAUUCUGGUGCCUCAUUUCAUGUAACUUUAGAUCAAUCUCAGUUGGAUACAUGUGCAACAGUCACUAAUGGGUCUUCUGUUCAAAUGGUUGAUGGUACUUCCUGCUCUGUAACUCACAAGGGCUCCCUCUGUACCUCCCAGUUUUCUAUACCUGAUAUUUCUUUUGUACCUAAGCUCUCCAUGAAUUUACUUUCUAUUGCUCAGAUUACAGACCGCAACUGUUUUGUUGGUUUUGACAGCUCAUCUUGUUUUGUUCAGGAUCGUCGAAGCGGGACUGUGAUUGGGACUGGCCAUCGCCAUAGAGAUCUUCCUGACUCUAUACUCUGGACUCUUUACGUCUACCUCCUGUCUACACUGCCAGUGUUUCAUCCGAUGUGUCCACUUCAUCUUUUGCUCAAUGGCAUCAUCGUCUUGGCCACUUAUGUGGGUCUAGGUUAUCUACUCUAGUUCAUAAAGGAUGUUUAGGUCAUACCAACAUUGAGUCAAAUUUUCAUUGUAAGGGUUGUAAGCUUGGUAAACAAAUACAACUUCCAUAUUUAUCUAGUGCUUCUUACUC